AUGGAGGCCAAGUUACUCCCGGACUUCUCUGUGCAGGGAACUUACGGAGAGCGGCGUCGUAAAGACGUGAGCUUUUUGAACACGGUAGCUCUAAAACUCAAGACCUCUACGAUUCACCUGGGGCAAGGAGGGAGGGUCACGGAGGGAGACACCGUGCUGACCCUCACAGAGGAGAAGAAGGUCGUUGGGAAGGUGGCGUUGGUGAGGACGGCAGCAGGAGUGACAGCGACGUACUCAGAUCAAAGCUUCGAGGUGGUCGUCUUCUUUAACGGCUACACGGCUCAGAUCGACAUCACAGGACCCCCAUCCACAGACCUGGGGUUAAAGCAUCUGUGUGCUACAGCAGCGUCACCUGAAGCAGACGUGAGGGCCACCACAGGCAGCUGUGAAAAAAAGCACCAGGAUGACCCUCCCAUCAGCUGCGACAAGUCGAAGUCCAGCUGUGGGAUCCUGAAGGACGCUCCUUUCACCAGCUGCCACAGUCACGUCAAGCCCGACGCCUUCGUCACAGCUUGCUCAAACAUGAUGUGCCGCUACCCUGCGGUCGAUGAACUCACCUGUAACUUCCUGGAGGCCUACACCAGAGCCUGCAGCCUGUACAGCACCACGGCCGUGACGGGCUGGAGGUCAAAGGCCAGCUGCCCUGAAAGCCCAAAGGCCCUCUGCCAGGACAUGCCCUGCGGAUCCCAGGAGUUCUGCGGUCAGCUAGAGGGGGGUAGUUGGAGUUGCCUGUGCCGGCCUAUCUUCACCCAGCAGUACAGAGAUUCAGGUUCUUUAGGUGAUGCCACCACCUGCGGUGCAGGCUCCGCCUCCGCUUCCUUGAUCAACUGUCUCCUCGAGGAGAAAGGCAUCGACUACACGACACUACAGCUCAAAGACAACACCUGCAAAGGGGAACUGAUCGACGGCAUGGCAGUCUUCAAAUUUGACAACAGCAAACCAUGUGGGGCUGAAGUCACUGACAAUAACGGAGCGGUGAACUACAAGAACCACAUCCAGAGCAAAGAGAUGCCCGCAGACGGAAUCAUCCAUCAUUCCCCCGUCGACAUCCCCUUCGCCUGCGACUUCGCUGAGCCCAAACUCCAGCUGAUGUCCUUCAAGGUCUCGAGCAGCUCUUCUGUGGUCAAUAAGCCGGUUGAGUCUGGAUCUUAUGAGUACGGCAUCACCAUGAAGGCCUUCUCCAACGAGGCCCGAACAGAGGACCUGAAAUCUGUUGGGUUGAACCAGAGGAUCUGGAUCGAGCUGAAGGCCACAGGAGUGGACAGCAAGAUGGUAUCGGUUCUAUUCGACUCCUGCUGGGCCACCAAGAAGGCAGACCCCGAGUCCGACCCCAAGUACUACCUGGUCUCCAAAGGCUGUAGGAACCCCGAAGACCCCUCGGUUCUGUUGGACGGGAACGGAGCAGGAACGUUGAGCGUGUUCUCUUUUGAGACGUUCCAGUUUACAGACAGCAAGAGUGAAGUCUUCCUGCACUGCAAGGUCAAGAUGUGCAGCAAGAAGAAGGACAAGACCUGUGUGCCGGACUGUAAGAGUCGGAAACGUCGCUCAUUGGACGCCGCGGCGGACUCCUCCUUACUGACCAUGUCCUGGGCAGGGAGCUCAGACUGAGGUUGUUUCCAUGGCGACUGACUGACAGGCUCACGACCUCCGCCCUGAUUCCUGACUCGGUCCCGAUCCGGGGGUGUGGGUUCACGCUGUAGAUCCAUCCCCUCAGGUCUCUGAUGUCACUGCUGAUUCAAAGUCUUCUCCUCUGAUCAAUAAUCAAUAUUCUCUUUAAAAUACGCUCAACUGGAGUCUGAGCGAGGAACCAGAGACCACGCCCAUCACCGUGUGACAUCACCACGUCCAUCACCGUGUGACAUCACCACGUCCAUCGCCGUAUGACAUCACCACGUCCAUCACCGUGUGACAUCACCACGCCCAUCGCUGUGUGACAUCACCACGUCCAUCGCCGUGUGACAUCACCACGUCCAUCGCCGUGUGAGGUCCACCGCCGUGUGAGGUCCACCGCCGUGUGACAUCACCACGUCCAUCACCGUGUGACAUCACCACGCCCAUCGCCGUGUGACAUCACCACGUCCAUCGCCGUGUGACAUCACCACGUCCAUCGCUGUGUGACAUCACCACGUCCAUCGCCGUGUGACAUCACCACGUCCAUCGCCGUGUGACAUCACCACGUCCAUCGCUGUGUGACAUCACCACGUCCAUCGCCGUGUGACAUCACCACGUCCAUCGCCGUGUGACCAUCACCACGUCCAUCGCCGUGUGACAUCACCACGUCCAUCACCGUGUGACAUCACCACGUCCAUCGCCGUGUGACAUCACCACGUCCAUCGCUGUGUGACAUCACCACGUCCAUCGCUGUGUGACAUCACCACGUCCAUCGCAGUGUGAGGUCCACCGCCGUGUGAGGUCCACCGCUGUGUGACAUCACCACGUCCACCGCCGUGUGACAUCACCACGUCCAUCACCGUGUGACAUCACCACGCCCAUCGCUGUGUGACAUCACCACGUCCACCGCCGUGUGACGUCCACCGCCGUGUGACAUCACCAUGUCCAUCGCCGUGUGACAUCACCCGGUGACUGAGUUCCCUCUCGUCAGAGCUCUGAUUCUUCAUCUUUGUUUUCUUUCUAUCGUUCGCAUCAAAAUAAUAAAAAAAUAAAAAAUGGUUU